AUGGAGUUGGACUUAACACCGAAGACAGCAGAAGCAAUGUUUGAGGGAGAUGGUGGGGGUUACUACAGUUGGUCAACUUCUCAAAUGCCUCUCCUGGCUAAGGCCAAUGUGUUUGCUGGUCGGUUUCGGCUUCAUCCCCAGGGCUUCGCUCUUCCUCAUUAUGCAGAUUCAACCAAAGUAGGUUUUGUCAUUGAAGGGACGAACGGGAUAGUUGGGAUGAUACUUCCUAAUUCUGGAAAAGAAGUGGUUUUGAAGCUCAAGAAAGGAGACGUGAUACCUGUUCCUAUUGGAACUAUAUCAUGGUGGUUCAACGAUGGAGACUCAGAUCUUAUCAUUACUUUUCUUGGUGAAACUUCAAAGGCUCUUAUUCCUGGCGAAAUAAGCUAUUUCUUUCUAACUGGGGCUCAAGGACUCAUUGGAGGUUUCUCCACUGAACUUACAAGUAAAGUAUAUCAUUUGAACAAAGAUGAGGUGAACAAGUUCACAAAAAGUCAAACUGGGGCUUUAAUAAUCAAGCUAGAAAAAGAUCAACCCAUCAUGCCUAAACCUCAUAUGAACCUCACUGAAAAGCUGGUCUAUAAUAUAGAUGUUGCACGUCCUGACAAUAAGGUUGAAAAUGGUGGAUUAGUCACAACAUUAACGGAGGCAAAUUUUGCUUUUAUUGGGAAUGUUGGAUUAAGUGUAAUCAAGGUAAAACUUCAACCUCAUGCUAUUAAGGCACCCUCAUACUCAGCCAGCCCUGCGGUUCAGUUAAUUUACAUUGCUAGAGGAGGUGGCAAGAUUGAAAUUGUGGGCCUGAAUGGAAAAUCUGUAUUGGACACUCAAGUUAAGGCUGGUCAUUUACUUGUUGUGCCACAGUUCUUUGUAGUUGCUGAAAUUGCAGGUGAAGAAGGAAUGGAGAGCUAUUCUAUCCUAACAACUACAAGGCCUUUGCUUGAAGAGUUGGCGGGCAAUGCAUCCGUUUGGAGUGCCAUAUCACCUUCAGUGCAAGAAGUGGCUCUUAAUGUGGAUUCUGAAUUUCAAAAGCUUUUCAUAUCCAAGGUCAAGGAGACCACAAAUCUCAUCUCCCGUACUACUAAUUAGUUUGAGUUGUUUAUGUACGUGUGUGUGUUUUAAACAAUAAUGGAAGCACAAAGUUU